AUGCGCAUCAAGCCCGAUCAGGAUAGGUCGAACCCCGUUGACGUCUUCGAGGAAGGAGACCCGGAGCCAGAGCCUAAGCCGUCGGUCCUCGGGCGGAGGUCGUAUGUGGACGACAUCCUUGUGACCGGCGACUCGUGGGAUAGCAUGUGCAACCGUGUCGACAAACUGCUCGACGUCAGCGGUCGGUGGAACUUGUCGAUCAGCGUAGCCAAGAGCUACUGGGAUCGACGAAAGGUAGCGUAUCUAGGACACGAAGUAUCCUCGGUUGGAUUGGAAGCGAAACCGAAGGAGCUAGACGCAUUCGCCAACCUUCCGUUCCCCACCAAGCUGGAGGCGAUGCAGUCAUUCCUCGGAGGUUUGAACUAUUGCAGCCGCUUCAUUGAGGACUUCGCAGUCUACGCUGCGAUCUUGGACGAGCUGCGAGAAGCAGACUUUCACGAAAUUGCCAAGCUGGACGCA